AUGAUCAAUCGGGUCAUUACAAGGUAUUCUCAACAGGCAGAGGUUGACUAUACAGAAACCUUUUUCCCUAUUGUCAAGAUGACAACAAUUAGAGUUUUAGUUACUGUUGUUGUGAAGAAAGGGUGGGAUAUAUUUCAACUUGAUGUAAACAAUGCAUUCCUUCAUGGUGACUUAUAUGAAGAUGUGUAUAUGGAGGUGCUACCAAGUCUUCUGAUUGAUCAAUCUGGCCCUCACAAGAUGAAAACUUCAUCCUCCACUAUCUUUGUAGCGGUGUAUGUUGAUGAUGUUAUCAUCACUGGUACUGAUUUAGUGGAGAUAGCCAACUUAAAGACAUUUCUUGACAAGCAGUUCAGAAUCAAGGACUUAGGGAGACUUCACUAUUUCUUGGGUUUGGAGGUUCUUUACAAGCCAGAUGGUGUUAUCAUCUCUCAAAGGAAGUUUACCUUGGAUUUGUUGAAGGAGUAUGGUUGCUUUGCAUAUAACAAUUUUUCUUCCCCUCUUGAUCCUACUCUGAAACUGAAGGCUGAUGAAGGCACUCUUCUCCCAGAUCCCACAUACUACAAAAAACUAGUGGGCAAACUAAACUUCCUAACUAACACCAGGUUGGAUAUAGCCUAUAAUGUGCAACUCCUUAGCCAGUUCAUACAGGCACCUAGAGAUACACACUUAACUGCAGCGUUCUAUCUUCUCAGAUACCUCAAGAAGGAUCCCACACUUGGGAUAUUUUUCUCUAAUGGUUGCUCCAUCUCUGCCUGCUAUGACUCUGAAUGGGCAGCCUGCCCUGACUCUAGGAGAUCUGUCAUUGGUUAUAUUAUUCUAGUGGGAGAUAAUCCCAUCAGCUAG